CGAUUGCACUGAUUGCGAUUGGGGUGGGUGGGGUUGUUUUCGUCGAAGUCGAACUGUCACUGAGUGUUUUGCUUGGUGUGGCUCAGAUAAUUUUUAGACUUGCAAUUCAAACUGUCAGGUGGUCUGAACAACUUUUCAUUGACUUUUUCAAUCCUCAAGUGACAAUGCCUGCAUACCAUUCCACGCUACUGGACCACAAUGCUGUAGUUGGGAACAUGGCAUUGCUCCCAAUAAAAACCCAACAUCGGGGUCCAGCCCCAUCUUUUACUGGUGCUCCCACUGAUAUGGAUGUCAUUGAUGAGGCACUUUAUUACUUCAAGGCUAACGUUUUCUUUCGCACCUAUGAAAUUAAGAGUGAAUCAGACAGGGUACUAAUCUACCUAACUCUGUAUAUUACUGAGUGUCUCAAAAAACUUUCCAAAUGCUCAAACAAAAAUCAGGGCAUGCAGGAAAUGUACACUUUAGCUAUAUCUCGUUUCGACUUGCCUGGUGAAGCUGGUUUUCCCUUAAAUUCUGUUUAUGCUAAACCAUCUAGCCCAAGUGAAGCAGAUCUUAUGAGACAGUAUCUUAUUCAACUAAGGCAAGAAACUGGAAUGAGAGUGUGUGAGAAAGUCUUUGGCACAGAGGAUGGAAAGCCCUCAAAAUGGUGGCUUUGCUUUGCCAAGAAGAAAUUCAUGGAUAAAUCAUUGAGUGGACCAGGUCAAUAAUGAGGCAUGUACAUAAUUUGUACAAAGAGAGAAUUUAUUAUUUUCCUCUUGAUGGACUUGUGAUGGAAAUGCUGCUGUUAAUCCACCUAUGUUUUAACAGUUCAGUGUGUCAAGAGUGGUUUAAAAAUUCAAUAAAAAAUCUAUUAUA